CUAUUUAAAUGUCUAUGCUUCCACCACGUGAUAAAUUAACCUCCAAGAAGAUUGUUUACAUGUCAGAGUAUUUCAAAAGAACGUUUCAUUGAUACUUACAAAUAAUGGCGAGCAGCGAGAAAGUAACGCGUAUGGAAGAUAUAUUAAAUGCGACACCGACGCAGAAUAAAGAUGCAUCAGAGACGUCGCCUACUACCGAGAAACACGAGAGACAACGUGUACCACGAGGCAAACCAAAAUCUGGUAGGAUAUGGAAAGAAGAAAAAACGAAAUUUUCUUCUAUAAUUAAAACUCGUGGAAUUCGGCUGUCAUUAGCUAAGAAACAAAAGUUGAGAGAAGAUUUAAAACGUGUUAAGGAUAUGUCAAGAGCAAUCAAGGCACAAAAGCAGGAAGAGAAAGAGGCCAAAAAACAACGAAGAAGAGAAAAUUUAAAGAGAGCGGAAGAGAAUAGGAAAAAGAGCGAAAUUGUACAAGUUAUUAAGAAUACUGCGAAAAUAAAGAGGAUGAAGAAGAAACAAUUAAGAAUGAUUGAGAAGCGAGAUACGACCAAUAUGUAACAUUUAAACAAAAAAAUCAUGUAAAUAGAAUACUUCACUAAGUAUGUAAAAUCGUAAUAAUUGUUAAUCAUUUUAAAUAAAAAUAAGUUUCAUUCAGCGCA